CUGCUGUUGUUUUUUAUAAAGUUUAAAACAACGAUUUUGUCAUUACGUAUUAGUUCUUGGACCAAAUAUGUAGUUGUCAGUAUGUAAUUAAGACUUUAAUUUAUUCAAAUCUAUUUUAUUUUGACCAUCAAAAUGGGCAUAAACAUAGAACAUAUUUUAAAUGACAUAAAAUUUGAUCAAAAAUUAUUAAGUGUGUUAGACACGUAUAAUAAAUACAUCAAUUAUCGAUUUGACUAUCUCAUCAGAACAAGUAUUACUCAAACACCUGACGAACUCAAUCAUAACGUUGACUAUUCCAAAUUUGAUCCAAGUCAACAGAUUUUCCUAGCUUGCAUGAAUAGUAAUAAAAAUUUAAAUGAUAUUGCAAAACUGCGAGAAGAAUUAAAAACCCUAACAUCAGAAGUCAAUGUAAAAAGAAAAGAACUGAGUUUAAUUGUUCUUAAUGAGGAUGGAUUGAGAAAAAAUAUUAAACACUUAGAAGACAUUAUAUCAAUAAAGGAAAAUUUUGUUCGUGAAACUGCCAACUUUGCAGAAAUCAGAUGUAAUGCAAAACACAAAGUUCAAAAAGAAUAUUGCAGAGUAUUAAAAAAAUAUAAUAAAAUCUUAAGUGAGUUGAGUAAGUCAAAUAAAAAGUCAAAAACAAAUUCUAGUAAUGGAUCUAGCAAACAUUCAGAUUAUGGAGAACGAGUAAAUGAAAGAAUUUUACGAUAUGAAGCUAAAAUUAAAAAAAUGGACGAUGUAAUAAAAAUUGCUAGUGAUAGUAAAGAAAAGUUACUACAAUAUCAAGCUGCUUUACAAACUUCUAAUGAUCGUUUAAAAAUAUUUCAGGGUCAAUUAAAUAAUCUACUAAAAAACAAACAAAGAGUUUCGUUGAUAAUAAUAGAAAAUGAUAAGCGAAUUAAUCAAUUGAAAUUGUAUUUAUCUAAUUUAGGAGUUAUAUCAAGUAUAGAAAAAAGUAGAGUUCAUACGUCUUCAAAUUUAAUUGAAAAUGACAAUUUAAAAAAAGAAUUUUUACAAUUGCGAGAUAUGAGGAAUGCAGUUUUAAGCUCACGUCCUAAAGGGAUGUUCAAUCCAAAAUAUCAAAAGGAAGAUAGUUUAUCUAAAGAAGAUAUACGAAAAUAUUUAGAAAAUGACGAAGCUAUUGAUACAAUAGACUUUUUAACAGAGUUAAAAAAUAAUGAAAUGUCCAAUAAUCAAACAAAUUUAUUGAAGUAUAUUCAAAUGAAUUCAAAUGAAUCCAAAAUUUUCUGGAAAUGCCUAUCAACUUUAAAUAAAGAUGAAUUGAAAAAGUUGUUGGUACAUUAUUUUAUAAAAGUUGUAGAUUUAAAAGAAUCUGGACGACAAAAUGAUGAACUCAUAUCUAAACUUGAUGAAAGUAAUGAUAGACAGAGGCAUAAUAUUCUGUCAAUAAAUAAUAGUUAUCAAGAAUUUCAUUUGUCAAUUGAGAAAAAAUUUGCAUCAUUAAAAAAAUACUAUCAAGCAAAAGUUGAUACAUUAUUCCAAGUUGUACAAGAAGAAAAAAAUGCUAUUACUAUGUUUAAAAUGAAACAAGAAAUAUCCGGACUCAAAAAAAAAAUUGUUGAAUUGGAGAAAUCUCAAACAGUAAAACCUAAAAGGCCUUCAGUAAUUCCAGUACCCCUUAACUGUUUAGAUCAUCUAGAAGCAUCAAAAUCAGAGGCAGAAACAGUGUCUUCUGCCAAAGUAACAUACCACAAAAACAAGCUGAAAAUACAAAAAACUAAAACUAAAUGAACUCGGACACAAAAUUUAAAUACAAUUAUGUUGGGCAUUGGUAAAGCGUGUGAUCUACUAUUAAUAGGUAACAGAUAAUAUGCCUUUUGUAACUAAAUACCAAGGUUGACACGAAAAAACCUGGGCUGCUUUUCUGGGUUAAACCCACUUGAUUUUUUAAAAAACCUGGGUUGUUUUUUUGGGUUAAAGCUCAGUAUUUUGAAAAAACUCAAGCUGCU